UGUUCUUGUAUAGUUCAUUACCAGCUCAUCACUAGUUUGGCAACACCGUACACAAAAGUAGUCUGGGAAAGAAGUGCUACGCUGGUGUUGCUGUGAAGAAUCCGGUCUAGAAUUUAGAAGCAAUUAGAAAUUUUAUUAUUAAUUAUUAGUAAAAAAGUUCUAGAAAUCGUAUUACUUCAAUCAUGGCAGAUGUUAAGAACCCUGAUCAUCUUGCAACAGCAAUUUUGAAAAAGAAGGAUCGUCCAAACAGACUUAUAGUCGAAGAAGCCGUGAAUGAUGAUAAUUCAGUCGUUGCAUUGUCACAGGGAAAGAUGGACGAGCUGCAGCUGUUCCGUGGUGACACAGUGCUGCUAAAGGGCAAGCGCAGGAAGGAGACAGUGUGCAUUGUGCUGUCUGACGAGACAUGUCCGUUCGAAAAGAUCCGCAUGAAUCGAGUGGUCAGGAAGAAUCUGCGAGUGCGCUUGUCCGACAUUGUCUCGAUCCAGCCUUGCCCAGACGUCAAGUAUGGAAAGCGUAUCCAUGUGCUGCCCAUUGAUGAUACCGUUGAGGGUCUUACAGGAAAUCUGUUCGAAGUGUAUUUGAAGCCAUACUUCCUGGAAGCAUACAGGCCAAUUCACAAGGAUGAUGCAUUCAUUGUUCGCGGAGGUAUGAGAGCGGUCGAAUUCAAGGUGGUUGAAACAGAUCCAUCGCCCUACUGCAUUGUCGCGCCAGACACCGUCAUCCAUUGUGAGGGAGACCCCAUCAAACGUGAGGAUGAAGAAGACGCAGCAAACGCAGUCGGCUACGACGACAUUGGAGGCUGCAGAAAGCAGCUGGCGCAGAUCAAAGAGAUGGUGGAGUUGCCGCUGAGACAUCCCAGUCUGUUCAAGGCGAUCGGCGUGAAGCCGCCACGAGGCAUCCUGCUGUACGGACCACCGGGAACCGGAAAGACGUUGAUAGCGCGCGCCGUCGCCAACGAAACGGGCGCCUUCUUCUUCCUCAUCAACGGACCCGAGAUUAUGAGCAAAUUGGCCGGCGAGUCGGAGAGUAACCUGCGCAAAGCUUUCGAGGAAGCGGACAAAAACGCACCGGCCAUCAUCUUCAUCGAUGAGCUGGACGCAAUCGCGCCAAAACGCGAGAAGACGCACGGCGAGGUGGAGCGACGCAUCGUGUCGCAGCUGCUGACGCUGAUGGACGGUCUCAAGCAGAGCUCGCACGUGAUUGUCAUGGCCGCCACCAAUCGGCCCAACUCGAUCGAUGCCGCGCUUAGGCGCUUUGGCCGCUUUGAUCGCGAAAUCGACAUUGGCAUUCCCGAUGCCACCGGUCGUCUCGAGGUGCUGCGCAUCCACACCAAGAACAUGAAGUUGGCUGAUGACGUCGAUUUGGAACAGAUUGCAGCUGAAACUCACGGUCACGUAGGAGCCGAUCUUGCGUCGUUGUGCUCAGAGGCAGCUCUGCAGCAGAUCAGAGAAAAGAUGGAUCUGAUCGACUUGGAGGAUGAUCAGAUCGAUGCUGAGGUUCUCAGCUCACUUGCUGUUACUAUGGAAAACUUUAGGUAUGCAAUGGGCAAGAGCAGUCCGAGCGCUCUUCGUGAAACAGUGGUUGAAGUGCCAAAUAUCACUUGGGAAGACAUCGGUGGACUGGAGAAUGUGAAACGUGAGUUGCAAGAAUUGGUGCAGUACCCAGUGGAGCACCCAGACAAGUUCCUGAAGUUCGGCAUGCAGCCGUCACGCGGCGUGCUGUUCUACGGGCCACCUGGUUGCGGUAAGACCCUGCUAGCCAAGGCCAUUGCCAACGAGUGCCAGGCCAACUUCAUCUCGGUCAAGGGUCCCGAGCUGCUCACCAUGUGGUUCGGCGAGUCCGAGGCCAAUGUGCGCGAUAUCUUCGACAAGGCUAGAGCGGCAGCUCCUUGUGUGCUGUUCUUUGACGAACUGGACUCGAUAGCGAAGUCUCGCGGUGGAAGCGUGGGUGACGCGGGUGGAGCCGCCGACAGGGUCAUCAAUCAGAUCCUCACUGAAAUGGACGGCAUGGGCGCCAAGAAGAAUGUAUUCAUCAUUGGAGCUACUAACAGACCCGAUAUUAUUGACCCUGCUAUUCUGCGUCCCGGUCGUUUGGAUCAACUUAUCUACAUUCCUCUUCCUGAUGAGAAAUCCAGAGAAGCCAUUUUCAAAGCAAAUCUACGCAAAUCUCCUGUUGCUAAGGAUGUGGAUUUGACGUACAUCGCGAAGGUGACUCACGGCUACUCGGGCGCCGACCUGACAGAGGUGUGCCAGCGCGCUUGCAAGUUGGCCAUCCGUCAGUGCAUCGAGGCCGAGAUCCGGCGCGAGAGAGAGCGCCAGGCCAACCCCACUGACAUGGAAAUGGAUGAGGAUGAUCCAGUGCCAGAAAUUACUAGAUCUCACUUUGAGGAAGCGAUGAGAUUCGCUCGGCGAUCAGUCACUGACAACGACAUCCGCAAAUACGAAAUGUUCGCGCAGACUUUGCAGCAGUCUAGGGGAUUUGGUAAUAACUUCAGAUUCCCGACAGCAGCAGGAAACCAGGCGUCGCAGAGCAAUACAGGCGGCGAGCAGGGCACAUUUCAGGACGAGGGAGACGACGACCUCUACAGCUAAGCUCCGCCCCCCCCCCUCCACUCUCACACACACUCACACAGUCACGCGUGCUCCACACAAGCAGCACCCUGUGAUAACGAGAAUGUCUUGUUCUCCAUUUGCAAGUGACUGUUGUUGCAAGUAUUUAUUCAAGUUUGGGAACUAUAAACUCUGUUCGUUACUGGUGCUUUCCGCCAGACCAAUCCAUCUACAUGCUUUGUGAAAUGUGUGUAUAGGAAAACUCGACCUCAUUCUGUUUAUCAAAUUGUUUAACGUAGAUUUAGAUUUUUUAUAUAAGUCAAAAUGAAAUUAUUAUUACUUUUCUCCAGUACUUUGAAAAACAUGUUUGAUAAUUAUUAUUAAUGCUUAAUAUUGAAACUAUUCGAAAAUAAAUUGGGGUUUCUUUUCAGUUUCCAAAUUUGAAAUGAAAGCGUUUGGAGCAUAGUAGCCUAAUUAUGUUAUUUGUAAAAAAUACUACAAAUUAUUGUUAAUUUCAGUAUCUCUAAUAGUGCUAGAAUAUGUAACGCACUUUUCUCAUGAAAAUAAAUUUUCAUAUAAAAUAGAA